CUCAGCUGCGCAGCGGAGCGCAGAGCCCGGUGUCAUCCGCUUAGACUCCCGCGGUCCUCCCGCCGCCUGUCAUCUCCGCACCCGUCGCGGGUCGGGGCAUGUUCCGGGCUCCGCGGACAGCCUCGACUACCAGCCGAGCCGCUACCUGCCGGCGAAGACAUGGGGUGCGCCCUGGGGGCCGCCUUGGCCCUAGGAUUGCUGCUUCUCGGCCUGGCCCAGGCCAACUUCGCCCCUCACUUCUUCGACAACGGGGUCGGCAGCACCAACGGAAACAUGGCCCUGUUCAGCCUCCCGGAGGACACCCCAGUAGGCUCUCACGUGUAUACCUUGAACGGGACAGACCCUGAGGGAGACCCCAUCACCUACCACAUCACCUUUGACCCCAGCACUAGAAGUGUCUUUUCAGUUGAGCCCAAUUGCGGAAACAUCACUCUGGUGGAAGAGCUGGACCGAGAGAGGGAGGAUGAGAUUGAAGCCAUCAUCAGCAUUUCCGAUGGCCUGAAUCUGGUGGCAGAAAAAGUCUUUAUCUUGGUCACUGAUGCCAAUGAUGAGGCGCCCAAGUUCAUCCAGGAGCCUUAUGUUGCCCAGGUCCCUGAGGACAUACCUCCUGGGAGCAGUAUCCUUAAGGUGCAAGCAGUGGACAAGGACAUGGGUUCUGGAGGGAGUGUCACCUACUUCCUACAGAACCCACACUCCACCAAAUUUACCCUGGACCACCACAGCGGGGUGCUGCGCCUCCGGGUCAGGAGCUCCCUGGACUAUGAGAAAGCCCGGACCCAUUUUAUCACUGUGGUUGCCAAGGAUGGCGGAGGGAGGCUGCGAGGAGCUGAUGUGGUGCACUCAGCCACCACCACCAUCACAGUCAAUGUGGAUGAUGUUCAGGAUAUGGCCCCAGUCUUCGUGGGCACCCCUUAUUAUGGCUAUGUCUAUGAAGACACUCUUCCGGGCUCAGAAGUAUUGACAAUUGUUGCCAAAGAUGGAGAUCGGGGCAAACCCAACCGUCUUGUCUACCGCCUUGUGAAUGGAAGUGAAGGAGCGUUUGUAAUUAAUGAGACUUCUGGAGCCAUCUUUGUCAUGCAGAGUCCUGCCCAGCUCCCGAAAGAGGUUUAUGAACUGUUUGUGCAGGUGACUGAGGUUAGCACUCCAGGGAGCCCAGCUGCCCAGGCUAUGGCCCUUGUCACCAUCAGGAUUGUGGACCUUAAUAACCAUCCACCUACAUUCUAUGGUGAGAGUGGACCCCAGAACAGAUUUGAGCUGUCCAUGUAUGAGCACCCUCCCCAGGGAGAGAUCCUGCGGGGACUCAAGAUCACUGUCAAUGACUCAGAUCAGGGAGCCAAUGCCAAAUUCAACUUACGACUGGUGGGACCUGGGGGUAUCUUCCGAGUGGUCCCACAGACAGUCCUAAAUGAAGCCCAAGUCACAAUUAUCGUGGAGAACUCAGCUGCCAUUGACUUUGAGAAGUCUAAAGUGUUAACUUUCAAGCUCCUGGCCAUUGAAGUAAACACCCCAGAGAAGUUCAGCUCCACAGCAGAUGUCUUGAUCCAGCUCUUGGACACCAACGACAAUGUCCCCAAGUUUACCUCCCAGUACUACAUUGCCAGGAUCCCUGAGAACACCCCGGGGGGCUCCAAUGUGAUGGCUGUCACGGCUGUAGAUCCAGACACAGGUCCAUGGGGAGAAGUCAAAUACUCCAUCUAUGGGUCCGGGGCAGACCUCUUCCUAAUCCAGCCAUCCACUGGGAUCAUUUAUACACAGCCCUGGGCCAAUCUGGAUGCUGAGGCCACAGCCAGGUACAACUUCUAUGUGAAGGCGGAGGAUAUGGAGGGCAGGUCCAGCCUGGCUGAGGUGUUUGUCACUCUGCUGGAUGUCAAUGACCACUACCCACAGUUUGGAAAGAGUAUCCAAAAGAAGACAAUGGUGAUGGGAACCCCAGUGAAAAUUGAGGCCACAGACCAGGACGCUGAGGAGCCCAACAACCUGGUGGACUAUUCUAUCACCCAUGCAGAGCCAGCUAAUGUGUUUGACAUUGACGCCCGCACAGGGGAAAUUCGACUAAAAAACUCCAUCCAGUCCCUCGAUGCCCUGCACAACAUCACUCCCAACGGGGACUACACAUGGUCCUUGGAAGUGCAGGCCAAGGACCGAGGCUCCCCAUCCUUCAGCACCACGGCCUUACUCGAGAUUGACAUCAUAGACAUGGAGACGCUGUCUCCAGACCCUAUGGCUGCCUUCCUGAUGCAGACCAAAGAUAACCCCAUGAAGGCGGUGGGUUUGCUGGCUGGCAUCAUGGCCACCAUCGUGGCCAUAACUGUCCUUAUCUCUACUGCCACCUUCUGGCGCAACAAGAAAUCCAACAAGGUCCAGCCGAUUAGGCGAGUGGUCCGCAAGCGACCCCGCCCAGCUCCCCGCGCAGUCCGUAUUGAGUGGCUCAAGUUUCGAAGGACCAAGGCCGCUGCCAAGUUUGUGCUUAAAGAGGAUCUUCCUAAUGAGAAUUGCAAUAACAAUAGCUUUGGAAACUCAUUGCCUCCCACAGCCCCUCCUCUCCCUUCACCAUCCAGUGUUGCACCUGACCUACGCCUGACACCCUGGACUGUGCCUACCGUCUCCGGCUCCCUCACUCCUCAGCAUCCUCAACUGUCACCAAGAUCCACAUCUUUGGGAAGCCCGAUACAUUCAGCUCUAGUUUCUGAGCUAAGGCAAAAGUUUGAGAAGAGGUCAGGCAACAAGGCCUAUUUCUAGAGUGUGUGUGGUGUCCCUUUCCUACCCCCAACUACUCUCUCCCAUAAC